CUCCAAAUAGAAGACGGAGAGCAUCAGGAGCAGCGAGCCCGCAGCCAGGGCCGGUGCCAACCUGCCUGCCAGGAUGCAGUGCCACAAGUUUUGGGCAGCAUGUUCCCUUGGAUUUUACCUGUGGACUGCCAUGCUCUUCAAAGGAUCCUUGCAAGGAGAGUAUCAGAGGAGACUUUACAAGGAGCUGCUUGCCAACUACAACCGGCUGGAAAGACCAGUGGUCAAUGACUCAGCUGCCAUCCUGGUGGAGCUAGGCUUCACGCUUCUGCAGAUAAUAGAUGUGGAUGAGAAGAACCAAGUCCUGAUGACCAAUGCUUGGCUACAGCUGUACUGGACUGAUAUCUAUCUGAGCUGGAACCCAGAAAACUACCCUGGUGUUCAGAACCUGCGAUUCCCUUCUGAUCAGAUCUGGACUCCUGACAUCCUUCUCUAUAACAGUGCGGACGACCGCUUCGACGCUACCUUCCACACCAACGUUCUGGUUAAUGCAUCGGGUUACUGCCAGUACAUCCCCCCUGGCAUCUUGAAGAGCACUUGCUACAUUGAUGUACGCUGGUUCCCCUUCGAUGUGCAGAAGUGUGAUUUGAAGUUUGGCUCCUGGACGCACAAUGGUUGGCUGCUGGACCUCCAAAUGCUGGAUGUGGACACAUCCACCUACAUACCCAAUGGCGAGUGGGAUCUUGUAGGUGUCCCAGUCAAGCGCAACGAGCUGUACUAUGACUGUUGCAAGGAACCCUAUCCUGACGUGACCUUCACAGUCACCAUGCGCCGUAGAACACUUUAUUAUGGUCUGAAUUUGCUCAUCCCCUGUGUGCUUAUUUCUGGAUUGGCCCUGUUGGUGUUUCUGCUGCCUGCCGACUCAGGAGAAAAGAUAUCUCUAGGAAUCACUGUGCUUCUUUCGCUAACUGUCUUCAUGCUUCUGGUAGCUGAGAUCAUGCCGGCUACCUCUGACUCAGUUCCCCUCAUUGCUCAGUACUUUGCCAGCACCAUGAUGAUAGUAGGAAUGUCAGUGGUUGUGACUGUGAUCGUCCUGCAGUUUCAUCACCAUGACCCUCAGGGAGGCAAGAUGCCCAAGUGGGUUCGGGUGGUACUGUUGAACUGGUGUGCAUGGUUUCUGCGCAUGAAGCAACCGGGUGAUGAACGCAGACGUCCUGGAUACAAACACCGCCAUACUACCCAGCACCACUCUAGCACUAACUCAAUAGAGAUGGGUGCCAUUCCAAGCCUCUCCAUUCCGCUCUCCCAAACUUCCUGCCCACCGUGCACCUCAGGCACCUCCAAUGGUUCCAUGAGCCUCUACUUUGGCAGCUACCACCCAGUUGAAACUCCACAUUGCCCACCUUCCAGCGACUCUGGCGUAGCACUGGGUGGUCGUGCACACUGCUCCCCAGCAGAUGAGGGUGAACCCCCCGGUGUUUGUAGUAGUACUUUGGGAAUAGGUGCUGGUAUAGGAGAUAGGAUCCCUCCACCAGAGAUUCAGCGCAUCUUGGAGGAGGUGACCUUCAUUGCCCAGCGCUUCCGGGACCAGGAUGAGGCUGAGGCUAUUAGCAGUGAGUGGAAGUUUGCAGCAGCAGUGGUGGACCGUCUGUGCCUGGUGGCCUUCUCACUCUUCUCCAUCAUUUGCACCUUCACCAUCCUCAUGUCAGCACCCAACUUCAUAGAGGCUGUCUCCAAGGACUUUACAUAGCUGGACACAGGAGAAAAAAAAACAUAAUUUAUUGUUCUUGAUAACAAUUAUGCGUACUAUAUUUUUUUCUAUGUAAAUAUAAUUAUUUUAUGUCUCAGCUAUUGCAACGUCUAUGUGCAAACACUGAUACAUUUUGAACAGACAUCUUGUCCUUCUAAGAUCACUUGCUAAAUCAAGGCACAUUCUUUACAUAUUGUGAAUUUCAGGCCUAAUUUCACACAAACACAUACCAUGAUCAGAUACCAGGUUUUUAGAUGAUUAAAAAAAAAAAAAAAAAAAAAAAAAGAUUAAUAAUUUCAAAACUUUUCCCAUCAAUAUUAAAGCGCCAAAAACCAACACACCUCAAUUGGGAAAAGUAAAUAUACCCUAAAAAGAAUAAAUUAAAAAACUUGACUGUAAAUGAUGUAUCUACACAAGUGUACACAUCCUCCAGCUGUUAUAUUAAAGUAGAGAUGUUCACCUUGAAAAGGAAUACUUCUGUUACCUGGGAAUCACUUUUCACAUCUGAGUCUCUUUAUUUUGAUCACAUUUGGACUGUAUUAAAACCCCUUGUGAGCAUUUAAUUUAUCAUGCAAAAAUGCUGUGUACUAAAUGGUUGAAGUGGACCAAUAACAUACUGUAGAUGCAGAAGUGUUAUUGAAAUGUUAUUUAAUGUUUAUUGAAUGUUUAACAUCCUGAACCAUUUGAUUAUAAAAUAUAUGGUAACUAAACUUAUAAAAUAUACGGUAACUAAAGAUGCUUGUAAUAAAAUGCUCAUUAAAGAUGUAGGCUUGUGUGACUUUUGGCACAGUGGACUUUUUUCACAAGUACUGUAUGUGGUGCAUGCAUAUUUGUCAUGUGAGCUCCCAAAAAAGAUGAGAUUUUUUAAGUUGAAUCAGCUGUUGUGUUCUUAUCAAGGUAAGUAUACAGUACUUGGUUUGUAUCUUAAACAGAAUGAGAAUGCAUUAUUUGCAACUUUGCUAAUUGGGGAUUUUUCCUUCUGCAUAGUGUCACUACUGAAACUAUUUAAUAGGAUUGGUUUAAUUGGGGACUGUAUAAGAUUUGAACAAAAGGGCAAUAAAUGUAGCGGGAUAAACGCCAAAAGUUUGGACACUCCUUCUCAUUCGUGCGUUUUCUUUAUUUUCAUGACUACAUUGUAAAUUCUCAAUAAAACAGUGAAUGAACAUGUGCGGAAAUAUUUACUUAGCAAAAGAAAAAGAUGAAAUAACUAAAACAUGUAUAAUAUUCCAAUAUGUUCAAAUUUGCUUGAUUACUUUUUUGCACUCUUGCCAUUCUCUUAAUGAACUUCAAGAGGGAGUCACCUAAUACGGUUUUCGACUUCACAAGUAUGUCUUUUCAGGGUUAAUUAGUGGAAUUCAUUGCUUUAUCAAUCGGGUUUGCACCUUCAAUUGUGUUGCAUUGAAAGAGGUGUGUCCAAACUUUUGGCCUGUUUUAUAAAUAAAAAACUGUAUGAAAAGUAUGUUAACCUUUUGGAAUUUCUGACAUUUCUGCAUAAAAUCACCAUCAAAUGUGCUCUGAUCUUUGUCAAAAUCACACAGAUGAAAAAACAGUGUCUGCUUUAACUAAAACCACCCAAACAUUUAUAGGUUUUCAUAUUUUAAUGAGGAUAGCAUGCAAACAAUGACAGAAGGGGGAAAGAUAACUAAGUGAAUCCUGUGCCAUCACAUUUAGUAUUAGCAAACUUUUGGAUUCAUUCUUCCAAUAAUGACUGCAAGUUGUCCAGGCCCUAAGGUAGCAAAAUAGUCCCACAUCUUGAUGCUCCCUCCACCAUGCUUCACGGUGGGGAGGUGUUGAUGUUGGUAAGCUGUUCCAUUUUUUUCUCCACAGAUGACGUUGUGUGUUACUCCCAAACAAUUCCACUUUGGUUUCAUCAGUCCACAAAAUAUUUUGCCAAAACUUCAGUGGAGUGUCCAAGUGCCUUUUUGCGAGCAUUAAACGAGA